AUGGGGACUCCACACAGCAAGCCAGCGGAACAGACAACUUCAUCACAUGUACCUGCAGGCCCGAUGGAGGGGACAAGUGUUGACGACUCUAACGAAGUGAUUAUACCCGUAGCCGAUGAUGUUGACAAAAUUUACCCACGUAGUCCAGGAGUCCAUAUUACUCCCUCCGAACGGAUGAUACUUGAGACCGAUGGUGAUAGCACAUAUGAUACUCCAGGCCCGAUGGAGGGGCCAAAUGGUGACGACUCUAUACAAGGAGUUAUACCUGGAGCCGACGAUGUUCACAAGAAUUACCCAAGUAGUCCAGGUACUAAGGCUGUGCAUAUAUACUGAGAUUGCUUUUAUGCUUUUUAUUAUGUGAUAAAUCAAACCUAACAGACUUGGGCAGAACCGAUUCUAAUAGAUCAAGCGUGUUACUUGUAGGAGUCCAUAUUACUCACUCGGACAUGACGAUACUUGAACAGGCCGAUUGUGAAAUGACAUAUGUUCAUCAACCUUCCCAUCUGAUUUCGGGUACGUAUUAUGUUGUAUAAAGGUUAAGACCAUGUGCCUACAACUUUGCCUUGUUUCUGCGAUGAUAUUAUAUAUACUGAGAUUGCUUUUAUGCUUUUUAUGUGAUAAAUCAAACCUAACAGACUUGGGCAGAACCGAUUCUAAUAGAUCAAGCGUGUGACUUGUAGGAGUCCAUAUUACUCACUCGGACAGGACGAUACUUGAACAGGCCGAUUGUGAAAGGACAUAUGUUCAUCAACCUUCCCAUCUGAUUUCGGGUAAGUAUUAUGUUGUAGAAAGGUUAAGACCAUGUGCCUACAACUUUGCCUUGUUUUCGGUCCAAUAUAUUGUUAUGUUAACAUGAUGCAGACAACCCUCCAAUCUCAUUCCUAUAUAAUGUAGAUUCGUUGCCAGCUCUCAGUUAUCUGACAAAAUAACUAGCUAGCAUGCAACGUGACAGUUGGCAAGAGAGGCCGCAUAAUGUUCCACGCCAUCCUCACAGUGAUAUCACUAAUGCAGAUCAACCAUCCUCUGUGGACCUUGACGAAAAAAGAGAGUUGAUAAAAGCUCGGAGGCGAGCUGCUUAUAGAAAGAAAAAAGAGGAGGCUACCGUCAAGCAACAAGAGGAAAAUCUGUCUGCCCUUACGAUAUCAGGUAAGAAUGCUUUAUGGGAAGGCACUGCGAUGAUAUUAUAUAUACUCCCUCCAUUCCACAAUAUAAUGUUAAUAUCAUUUCACAUGCAGAUAUGCUGAAUGUGGGUGGGUUACCUCUCGGUGAUAUCACUAAUGUGUGUCAACCAACCACGGUGGACCUUGACGAUAAAAAAGAGCAACUAAAGUCUCGGAGAAGAGCUGCUUAUCGAAAGAAAAAAGAGGAGGCAGCCAGCAAGCAAAAAGAUGAAAAAAGAGCAACUAGGUUGUCCAGUUGAGCUCAUUUUCGGAAUGGAGAUGGACCUGACGGUUGGGGUCAUCACCCUCCCUUCCAGAUCCAGAUCGAGACAGGGAUUAUUCAGAGACAAUAAUUACAUAGUACUGUAUGUAUAUGGUCAGUCAUUUACUACUCUUCUCUCAUUUCUCUGAAUUUACCUGCCAGGCUUCAUGCAUUUA